AUGGCUACAACAGGCACAGAGAAGCCGACUGGAUGGUUUGCACCAGAGAUUCAACAGAUGAUGUUCAGUUUUGGAGACAGCAGGAAACCUCUGCCAGAGACAGUGGAGCUGGUAGAGGCCAUAGUACACCAGCAGAUGCAGGGGAGAAAAAAAAUUGGAAUUCAGAGUAUUAUAUUUUUGCUACGGAAAGACAAAAACAAACUGAGAAGGUUGUUUAGAUUCUUGGAAAAAAGAGAUCUGAAGAAUAAAAUUGAGUCACUGGCAACACCAGAAGUUGUUUCUGACAGUCAAGAAUUAAUUAACUUAUCAGUGCUUGAAAAAGAAGCUGUAAAUAAACAGACAAUGAGUAGAGACAGAAAAAUGUGCUUAGACUUUUUACAUUCAAUAGAUCAAACAGGUGAACUGUUGGCAUUAUUUUACGAUACAGAAGAGGAUACAGUAAAACAUGAAAGAAUGCUGAGAGCAGAAAUUCAGUCUCAGGGUAUGUCCACGGAACAAUAUUUUGAAUUUUGUAAGGCUCGACAAGCUGGUUUUAGUAAUUUUAGAAAGCAAUUCCAAGAAUGGAUAAUGUUGAAUUUGACACCUGCAUCUGUACCCAGGGCAUCUGUAAUAGAAGUUUUAUGUUACCUGGCACAUGAAACUGUUGCUCAGAUUGUAGAUUUUGCACUGCUGGUGAAGCAAGAUUUACAAGCUCGCUCAGGAGAUUCACAUAAUGUCAGAGCAGUUGCCACUGAAUUUGAUACUGAAAGCCAGCAUUCACCAUCUAAUGCCACAAUUGAUUCUUUACAGUUUAAACUGAACACUUCAAGCACAUCACAAAUACAGUCCUAUACAAGCACUACAGAUACACAUAUCGCCUCAGCUCUAGCAAGUACACUUAACAGGAAGAACAGUAAGCCACAGACAGAUGCUACAUCAUGGGACUGUGCCAUUCUUCCAUCAGAUGUCAGAGAAGCCAUGAGAAGAUACUAUACAGAUAUUAGUCCAUUUGUUUCACAAACUAAAGUCAAUUACCACU